AUGGACGUCAAAACGGCGUUUCUUAACGGUAUGCUUGAAGAAGAGAUCUACAUGAAGCAGCCUGACGUAUUCGUUGAUGCCAAUCAUCCUCACCAUGUGUGCAAGCUCAAGCGUGCGUUGUACGGACUCAAGCAAUCCCCUCGUAUGUGGAACCAGACUAUUGAUGAGUUCAUGCGCAAUAUUGGCCUCACCAAGUGCGAGAUGGAUCACUGUGUCUACGCCCAGUGUGACGACAAGAUCAUGAUGUUUGUUGUCAUAUACGUCGACGACCUCAUCCUUGCGUGCAACAACAUGGACAUCCUCGCAGCCACCAAACGUGCAUUGAGCGAGCGAUUCAAGAUGUCUGAUCUCGGUGAGCUUAAGUACUGCCUCGGAAAUGAAGUCGAGCGCGAUGACAAGUCAGGCGAUGUAUCGAAUAAACAGACUAAGUUCUUGCGAUCGAUUCUGACCAAGUUCGGUAUGCAAGACUCUAAGCCUGUUAAGACACCGCAAGAUCCCGGACUGAAGUUGACUAAGCGCAUGUGCAAAGAUGGAUGCAAGCACAACUAA